AUGGGAAUAUUAAAAAUCGUUGAUUUAAGCAAUUUAGUGAGUUCAAUAUCCCGCCUUCAAUAUUUAGUCGUAGAUUAUGCCGUUGAUGGAAUUUAUUUGUACAUCUCAGAUGCAGCAACUGGAGCAAUAAUUGUUUUUGAUGUGGCAUCCAACCGGGGCUUCCGAAUCGUUUUGCCUCAGUUUGUCACUUCCGGAAGUGAAAUAAGAGACGUCCUCUAUUUAUUACUGAUACGAAGUAGUGGGACUUCAAUUAUAUAUUUUACCUUUCUGGGUUCCAAUAAGCUUUUCAGUAUCAAAGCUUCUCAUCUGAAAAAUGAAUCUGCCGAGGGAUUAGUUGAUGAAAUUGGAAAUAAGAUUAAUAAAAUUGUUAUGCUUGGAACUGAUAACGGCUCUGCAAUAUUCUUCAGAAAUACAGGUGAAUCUGAUGUCUACAUGUGGAACGUAGAAUUAUCUUUCCGACCGGAAAAUUUCCUUCUGGUUCAAAAAGGCAACGAAUGUCGUCUUCCCACCCAAGUUUUCCCAGGAUACAAAAAAUUAAUGUGGGUAAUUGAGAGCAAUUUCCACGACUAUAUUCAAAACAAAGUUGGGUGCACUGGACCUUCAAUGUCCCUUCAUCCUCUCUUAAAAUCUUCUAGAGAUUGUUAAAUAGAAAAUUUUAAAGGCUUUAAAUUGAUUAAUUAAUUUAUUUAUUAUUAAGCUAAGGGAUAUAGCCCUUUUAUGCAGAAUAAACUUAAAA